AUGCCAAUCACAGCUUCUCUUCCCUCAAGACACAACCCUCCUCGUGCGGUAUACAAGAUGUCUGGGUUUGAAAGGGAUGACCUCUUCAGCGACAUCUUUGGCAACAAGAGGCCGAGCGACGAGUCGCAGAGGACCUCUGCUUCUCAACAGACGGCUCCGAAACAAGGACAGACGAGUACCGCAGCAAACAUCAACAAUGGCAACAGUGGGUCGAGGCCAACUUUGGACCCAUUUGUUGUCGGCGAAUCACUGAACAAUUUCAAUGAGAGAUUUUUCAAUGAGACGGUGAUCAACAAUGAUGGUCACCAACAGUACGAUGGCCGUGUACAAUCUGGCGGCAGACAACAGCAACAACAACAGCAACAACAGCAACAUCAUCAACAGUAUCAUCAACAACAACAAUAUCAUCAACAACAACGUCACCAACAACACCAACAACACCAACACCAACGUGAAAACGUUUUGCCUGGUGCUGUAAGGUAUCCAUCUUCUUCAAGCUUGAAUCAGCAACAAAUCUACGGGAGACAGGGACAGCAACAAUUUCAACAAGCUCCACUCCAACAGCAACAAGUUCCGAUCCAACAGCGCCCACAGCAAUAUCACACACAGCAACAAGCUGCAUAUCGACUUCAGCAUCCUGCACAAGCUCAACAGAUUGAUGUACAAACACAGAGACAGGAACAGAGACAAGGACAAGGACAGCAUCACUAUCAACACAUUCAUGAACAUCCGCAUAACCAGCAGAGGGUACUUCAUCAGCAUGUAUCACCACCACCAAAUAUACACCGAAAACCACCAUCAUCGAUGGAGAAUUUGCACCAACAACAGCAGGUUCCAUUGCCACCGCAUUUGCAACAGCAGGUUAGUUAUAACGGUGCGUCAUCACAGGGACAAGUCAAUCCAAUGAGACAACUACCACCACAGCAACAAAAUAUGAAACCAGCUACUGCACCGCCUAUAGGGUUACAAGCUUCAAAACCUCCAGUUGCAAGUAUCGGACCUCCACAAGUUGCUUCACAGAUACCUGCUCAAGUACCAGUGCAGCAACAACAACAACCACAACAGCGGUCCUUUAGUUUGCAAGGUGCACCUCAAAUUAUGCCAAGUAGAAUAACAGAUCCAGUGAAGAGAAUUCCACAACCAAUUGCAACAGAUGUGGCUCAUCAUCAAGAGAGGUAUUCUGGUGGAGCUUCACCAACUACAAAGUCUAGUACUCGCUCACCAAUAUUGCAACAGGGGAUAAACUUGUUGACAAGAAAUUCAAAGACUUCUCCUUCACUAACAACGCAGGCUUCAUUCUCAUCACAACAACAGCAACAAUUAGUUCAAUCACAAGCAAACGGGAACCCCCAAAGUCCUACGAGGACCAUGUCUUUGAACUCUACUUUCCUUUCGUCGUUUCGUUCAUCUGAUAACAUGCAUAGCCAGUCUUCAAAGCACCACCCUCAAAACUUGGCAAAGAAGACUUCAAGUGGACGUAUCAUACCUCAGAAGUUUGACAUGUCGAACGGCUCAAAUACCGGAUUGGGAUUAAAAUCAAGAUCAUUGAGUAACAUUGCAAAAGUUCGUCGCCUAAGCUCCACAACUUCUUUAAGUUCCAAGAGAGUUUCUUCACAAAAUUCUAUGAGUUCAAGAACAGUGGUUACAACGGCUUCUCGCCCUCCGAGAGUUUAUCCUGCAAUGUUAUCGAGAGUUGCAACGAUGUUUAAAAAGGUCAUUGUACUCUCGCAGCACAACAUUGGUGGAUUGGAAUACCGUGACUCGUUUACAGGUUCUGAGGCUGUUGAUGCUAUUGCGCUAAUCAUUCGUACAACAGAUCGUAAUCUCGCGUUGUUACUUGGAAGAGCGCUUGAUGCACAGAAAUUCUUCCAUGAUGUUACAUAUGAGCACAGAUUGAGAGAUUCCAAUUCGGAGGUUUAUCAAUUUGAUGAGGUUUAUGUUUCAUCCCCGCAGUUGGAUCGUUCUUCUGCUUCUUUUGCCAGCGACUCACAACAAAGCUUAUCAACAACAUUGGGCCCAACAACAGAUAAUGAACAACAGUCAACACCAGAUCUUGAAGCAAAUGUCAAUGGUGUUUUCACUCUGUUAACAGAGUGUUACUCACCAACCUGCACGCGCGACUCACUUUGUUAUUCUAUUGCCUGCCCAAGAAGAUUGGAACAACAGGCCCGUCUCAAUAUGAAGCCACAAGGCGGGUUGAAACGCAACGAGUCUCACGCAUCAUUGCACGAAGACGAAGAGAAGAAACAAUUGUGGUCUCACACUGUUCCUCAAAAGUUACUAGAAUCUUUGGAUAAGAAGGAAAUUAAACGCCAGGAACUGAUCUAUGAGAUUGUAUCAACCGAGAGAACAUUUGUCAGAAACUUGGAAUACAUUCGUGAUUUUUGGAUACGCCCAUUACGUGAAUCAAACAUCAUCCCAGUAUCUGAACGUGAGAAGUUCAUCCGCACAGUGUUUUUCAACGUUAUUGAUAUCUUGAAUGUGGCCACGAGAUUCCGUGAUGCGUUAGUGAGAAGACAACAGUUAAAACCCGUUGUUGAGAACAUUGGAGAUAUCUUCUUGGAGUUUAUACCGUAUUUUGAACCAUUCAUAUCGUACAAUGCUGGUCAAUGUUUUGCCAAAUACGAACUCGAACGUCAAAAGGCUGCAAAUCCGUUGUUCAAAAGAUUUAUCGAAGAAACUGAGAGAUUGCCCGAAUCGAACCGUUUGAACAUUUCUUCAUAUUUGUCACAGGCCACAACGCGUACGGUGCGUUAUAACUUGUUAUUGAGAGAUGUUAUCAAGAACACUAGGGAGGAUUCAAUUGAUCUAUCCGAUUUGAAACGUGCUUCAGAUCAGAUCCUGAAACUUUUGGAACGUAUCAACGUAAAGGUUGGUAAAGCUGAAGACCGCCAUGCUUUAAUCCUGCUGAAACAGCGACUGGUCUUUAGACCUGGUGAAUACGUUGAUCUCAAAUUGGGAGCUGAUAACCGUAAGAUCAUGUAUACGGCACCGUUGAAACGUAAGAACCAAGAGAAGGAUAGUCAGGGUGAUAUUCAAGUCUAUCUGUUGGACCAUGUGUUACUCUUUGUGAGAGUUAAAGUUAUCAAUAAGAGGGAACAGCACAAAGUUUUCCAACGCCCAAUACCACUUCCGUUAUUGUUUGUCUCCAGCAGCGAGGAAAUGCCAUCUCUAAGACCGUAUAUGAAGAGACCUGGUGCUUAUGCGCAUGUUCUUUCACAGCCAAGUUUCAAUGAGACAAAGAAUGCCAUCUCGUUUGCAUACGUGGGACGUCGUGGUUACGAACUGACCCUUUAUGGUGCCACUGGUUCUGCACAGGAAUCUUUAAUAUCAGUUAUAGAGCAACAACAGAGAAAAUUGCUGGAGCAGAAUGACAUUUUCACCCUAACCUCACUUGGAGAGCGUAUGUUUGACAUAUCUAACAAGAUCAAUUGUCUGGUACCAUAUGAUGGUGGACGUAAAUUGCUAUACGGUAGCGAUUCUGGUGUCUAUACUAGUGAGGUCAUUCGUACAAAAGAUGGCAAGAGACAGGUGACGAAACCUGUCAAGGUUAUAUCAAAAGUCAACGUUACUCAACUGGAAGUUUUAGAAGAGUAUCAGACGUUGUUGGCGUUAGCAGAUAAGAAGUUAUAUGCCUGGCCAUUGGAAAUUUUAACAUCACAGGACAAGAAAACCGGCAAGGAGAUCAUGUCCCAUGUUAGUUUUUUCAAAGUUGGUGUUUGUGGUGGACGUAUGCUCGUUGUUGCUGCGAAGAGUGAUUUGAUUCGUGUAUUCGAACCAACCGAUCCAUUUUCUAAGAAGAUGAGUAAGAAGAAGUUCAAGAACGAGACUAGGGAGUUCCAUUUCAGCUCCGAACCUGUUAGUAUCUCAUUCUUGAAGACAAGAUUGAUCGUUGGGUGCACCAAAGGGUUUGAAAUUGUUUCUCUUAACGAUGGUAGAAUCGAGGGUAUACUGGAUCCUGCUGAUACAUCGUUGGACUUCAUCACGAACCGUGAAGGCUUAAAACCGCUGGCAAUCCAUCGUAUCAGUUCCAACUUCCUGUUGUCGUACUCCGAUUUUUCAUUCUUCAUCAACAAGAAUGGAUGGAGAACUAGAAGUGACUGGAUGAUCAACUGGGAAGGCAUCCCACAAUCCUUUGCACUGUGGUAUCCUUAUCUCUUAGCAUUUGAGCCUAAUUUCAUUGAGAUUAGACACACAGAGACUGGCGAGCUACUGCGUGUCAUUCUGGGCGAGAACAUUCGUCUUCUACACAUGGGAUCACAGGAGAUCCUCUAUGCCUACGAAGAUGAACGUGGUUACGACGUUGUUGCAUCUCUAGACUUUUGGGAUAAAGGCAACAAGAAGGAGAAACUCUGCGAUAUCACUGAGGAGGUAUGA